GCCCGCCCUGCGCGCCGCCCGCGGCGGCGAUGACCGGGGAGAAGAUCCGCUCCCUGCGGAGGGACCACAAGCCCAGCAAAGAGGACGGGGACGUGCUGGAGCCGUGCGACGAGGAGGCGACGGCCGCUCUCGGCGGCGCCUUCACCGGGGGCAGGAGCGGCGCGGGCGGCGGCGGCGGCAAGGGCGGCAAGGCCGGACAUAAGAUCUUCAGCCACCACCACCACCAUCACCACCACCACCGGCUGCAGCUGAAGGCGCCCGGCCCCGGCCCCGGAGCCCCGGCCGCGCCGCAGCACAAGGCGGUGACCGCCGGCUGCCCGGCCCCGGCCCCGGCCCCCCUGGGCGGCCUCCCCGCGCCUGCGAUCGCGGACGGAGGCGGCUGCCCCUCGCCCUACCCGGUGCACGAGUGCGUCUUCAAAGGGGACGUGAGGAGGCUGUCGUCGCUCAUCCGCACGCACAAUAUCGGACAGAAAGAUAAUCACGGAAACACUCCUUUACAUCUUGCUGUGAUGUUAGGAAAUAAAGAAUGUGCACAUUUACUGUUGGCUCACAAUGCUCCAGUAAAGGUGAAAAAUGCUCAGGGAUGGAGCCCUCUGGCGGAAGCCAUCAGCUAUGGAGACAGACAGAUGAUCACAGCUCUUCUAAGGAAACUCAAGCAACAAUCCAGGGAGAGUGUUGGAGAAAAACGACCUCGGUUGUUAAAAGCCCUGAAAGAGUUAGGUGACUUUUACCUAGAACUUCACUGGGAUUUUCAAAGCUGGGUGCCUUUGCUUUCCCGAAUUCUGCCUUCUGAUGCCUGUAAAAUAUACAAGCAAGGUAUCAACAUCAGGCUUGACACAACUCUCAUAGACUUUACUGACAUGAAGUGCCAACGAGGGGAUCUAAGCUUCAUCUUCAAUGGGGACGCUGCACCCUCUGAGUCUUUUGUAGUAUUAGACAAUGAACAAAAAGUUUAUCAGCGAAUACACCAUGAGGAGUCAGAGAUGGAAACAGAAGAAGAAGUUGAUAUUUUAAUGAGCAGUGAUAUUUAUUCUGCAACUUUAUCAACCAAAUCGAUUUCUUUCACACGUGCCCAAACUGGAUGGCUUUUUCGGGAAGAUAAAACAGAAAGAGUAGGAAACUUUUUGGCAGACUUUUAUCUGGUGAAUGGACUUGUUCUAGAAUCAAGGAAAAGAAGAGAACACCUGAGCGAGGAGGACAUUCUGCGGAAUAAGGCCAUCAUGGAGAGCCUGAGCAAAGGUGGGAGCCUGGUGGAGCAGAACUUUGAGCCGGUUAGAAGACAGUCCCUUACCCCUCCUCCUCAGAACACUAUUACAUGGGAAGAAUACAUUUCUGCUGAAAAUGGAAAGGCGCCGCACCUGGGCAGAGAACUGGUGUGCAAAGAGAGCAAGAAGACGUUUAAAGCCACCGUAGCCAUGAGCCAGGAGUUCCCCUUGGGAAUCGAGUCAUUAUUGAAUGUUCUAGAAGUAAUAGCACCCUUCAAGCACUUUAACAAGCUUAGAGAAUUUGUUCAAAUGAAGCUUCCUCCAGGCUUUCCUGUAAAAUUAGAUAUCCCCGUGUUUCCCACGAUCACAGCCACUGUGACUUUUCAGGAGUUCAGAUGUGAUGAAUUUGAUGGGUCUAUCUUUGCCAUCCCUGAAGACUACAAAGAAGACCCGAGUCGUUUUCCUGACCUUUAACUCAUCCAGAAGAACAAGAGGCUCCGGGCGGCAGGGACAGAGCUUCUGUAAGCAGAGGGUCGACACAUCAGUGAUGUGAUGAGAAAUGGACCUCUUGUAAAACGUCCGAAGCGUCCUGGUGUGCCAUUCAUCUUUUCAAAGUCACUUCCUGUCUGUAAUAGUUUGACACCCAGUGACCCUGAGACCUUCCUAUGUAAAGCAGCUGUGAGUGCUGUGGUUUUGUUUUUAAAGAUUUUUACACUUCCUGUUGGAAUAUAUAUGCAUAUAAAUAUAUCUAUAGCUAUAUCUAAAACACUCCUGGACCAUUAACGUAAAUUCAGUGUCUUAAGAGAUAUGAAACCCCUUGAAACGUGUCACCUUCGUCCAGGGUGACAUGUAUAAUGUUCUUUAAAACUUUUUCAUCAUUAUGUAGAGUUCUUUAAUUUGAAUGUUCAAUGAACUAGAAGGAAAUGAGUUUUCUGAGGUGAACAGAGCAAUGAAUGGUAACCAUCAGUUGCAUUUACAGCCUGCUGCAAUACAUUCCGAGGAAGUGCUCCCUGCAGGGAAUGUGGUGCCCCGCCCCCCAGCACCUAAGUAACAGUUGCAUUUACAGCUGCAGUGCAUUCCGAGGGAGUGCUCCCUGCAGGGAAUGUGGUGCCCCGCCCCCCAGCACCUAAGUAACAGUUGCAUUUACAGCUGCAGUGCAUUCCGAGGGAGUGCUCCCUGCAGGGAUGCGGUGCCCCGCCCCCCAGCACCUAAGUAACAGUUGCAUUUACAGCUGCAGUGCAUUCCGAGGGAGUGCUCCCUGCAGGGAUGCGGUGCCCCCAGCACCUUGGUGCAGCUCAUCGUGGUGCUCUUUGUUUUACCUUUUCCAGUGGAAACUGUUUGUUACCAAUCUUCCUUUCCUAGAACCUCUUUUUUGUUUGUUUGUUUUUUGUUUUCCUAAACUUGAGUAUAAAGGUUCUUGUUCUGUUGAUAGGUACGGUAACAUGCCUACAGCUAGCCCUCUCCCAAGUAUCAGCACUUUAAAACAAAUUCCAAAUUUUUAAACUUGCUUCCUAGUAAGUGCACAUAAGACAGAUUAUUUUUAAUGGAAUAUGGAUGCAUUGGUGUCAAUUUUAAAAAAAUACAUAUUUUGGACAACUAUGUAUGUAAUGCUUUCAAAAUAAGGUAAAAACAUUUUAUAUGCUAUAUUUGUUAUAGGCUAAAAGUCCAGAAACAUGCAAGAUUGACUUUUUUUUAAGUCACAGGAAAAUAUUUACUUAUUUCUGUCUCCAAAAUGUUAAAAAUCAUGCAUUAUUCAUUUUUGCACUUAAAUUUUUUCAUAUUUAUUGCAAGAUGAUUUGAAGGUCCAAGAAUGAAAAUAAAUUAGGAGACUAAUGUCUAAGGUAUCAUGUUCUAUUAAAGACUUAGCUAAAUGUUUAUAAAUGUGUCCUGAUGAAAUGUGUCAAGGAUGCGCCUGUCAGGUUGUUAUAGUGACCCAUAGUUUAAACUUGUUACCGAGAUUUUAAAGACUUUUAUCGAAGGGUUGACUUACUUAAAAACCCAAAGCAUCAGCCAUCAGAUAUUUAUCUUUCUACGAUUACAUCUCACAUAGUGAUUCCACCUUGUGUAUGUUGACAUUUUAUUACUUUUUAUAAGAAAAUAAUCAAGAGUUAAAAAUUCAACACCCUAAUCCCUCCAGUAAGAUCAUUGUAAGAAUUGAGAAACCCAGAGCUAGCUUGACGGAAUGGAGGUUAUGUCCCUGGCAUUCAGACCGUGGCUGCUCCAGUGGAUUAGUAGCUACUACUCUGUUUUGCUGUCAGUCGUGAGGCCUGAGGAUCUGAAGGGCAGUGACCACUGUUGCUUUAGGUUCCCUGGCUCUAUAGACCAUGUAGGAAAAGAUGGUAAAUUGCAGCUUGAGACUUAGAAUUUUUUACUGUGAAUAUUUUGCUGUGUAACACUGGAGACGGGAGGACUACUGAAAAUCAUUGCACUGGAUUGUACUACUGAAGAUUGUUGCACUGGAUUGUUUUGAGACUUGAGUUUUUCUUUAAUGAAUAGUAGAAUCAGAUUGUCCAUUCCAAAAUGUCUUUUCUCUGAUCACAAAGAACAAAUGUAUCUCUUAUGAUGGUGGGAAAAAAGGAGUUAAUAAUUAAUGCAAAUAAACUUUUCACAAUAUUA